AUGAAGGUAUUCGAUAAUAUAUGGGCGAAGAUUGUCAUUAACAUAAACAAAAAAAAAGUUGAUUUUGAGCAGUUGGUUGUUCGAGUAUGGGCAACUGCGAAGAAGCUAAGAAUUGAAUAUAUGAUCUCAUACAUGUUGCGUUUUAUGUUGUCGAUGCAAUUUUAUGCUGGUACAGUUGGCAUGCAAUCACCACAACUAUAAUUCGACCGGUAUAAAGAAGAUUUAAUUAAUUCUUGAGACUCCCGGUCCACUAUUUUAGAAACUGACACACACUACAAGUCUUAAGAUGUAUCUGUAAGUAUCAUUUUCUUUAUUUUUUGGGAAGAAAAAUAUAAAUAAAUGAUUUUUGUCUUCAUUAGAGUAUCAUAAUCAGUUUUUUUUUUCUUUAUUUUUUUUGUAAUAUUUCAUAUGAGCUAAAGUUGGGCUCAAAUAUCUCGAUUUUAUUGUUUCUUUGCCAUUUUGGUGCAUUUUCCAUAUUUAGAUGGUAAGUGUAGUGAAUGAUAGUGUACUUUGAAUUUAAACGUUUCUUUCCCUGCUAUUCGUAUUAUUUCUUUUGAUUUUUGUUUUCCAAAAACCCAACUACAUUGCCAUUAGGUGUAUUUUCCAUUUUUAGGGGUAAAAUGCACUAAAUAGCAAUGCAGUUUGCAUUUAUAACUAUUUUUUCCCUUUUUUUUUGCAAUUUCUUCUAAUUUCAUUACCAAAAAACCAAAAUACAUUAUGAAAGAUUGUAACAGUAUUCGUUCCCUUAUUUUGUCAAAAGCGGUCCCUCAAGUUAUAUUAACUUUGUGUCCCUCUAUUUUGCUUAAUUUCCCACUUUAGUCACUUUUCUUAUUUUCUUCCUGCAUCGACUCUCUUCUUUAUGUUCUUCGUAAUCGGUGAAGAGUGGUCAAUUUAUUGUUUUUUUAAUGUGUUCCCAGUUACGUGUCAAUUUCUACCGAUUUGCAUG